AUGUAUAAAUUGCAAAUCCCAAUAAGAAAAGAGUGAAGAGUCAGCAACAAAAAUGAUUUGCCCGGGGCGUUAGGAGUCUCAGAGUUAAUUGAUAAGUUAGAUCUAUAUCCGAUUAGAGGCAAAAAUUGGUAUAGCAUGGCAAAUUAAUUAUAUUAUAAUAUAUAUCAAAAAUAAAAUUUUAAUCAGUUUUUUAAAGAAUUAUGAUAUAAAUGAUUCUAUAUAUCUUUUUUGAAUUUAAUUAAUAAUAGCAUAUAUUCAAAGUACUUGUGCAAUUACUGGAGAUGGGCUUAAUGAAGGGUUAGAAUGACUUUCAAAUGCAAUUAUUAGUAGAAGCACAUAA